UGUGAAGAAGGGGUCAUCAGGAACGUCCAUACCUCUGGCAGUAAACCUUACCAAAAUACACUGUAGAAAUGAGGCUGUUUAUCAGUACCACGUCACCUUCAGUCCUAAUGUAGAAUGUCGGAACAUACGCUAUGGAAUGUUGAAGGAGCAUCAGCCAGUUACUGGAAAAGUCACUGCUUUUGAUGGCACCAUACUCUAUCUGCCUGUGAAACUACCUGAGGUGGUCGUUCUCAAAUCGCAAAGAAAAACUGACAGCACACAGGUGGAUAUCAAAAUUCAAUUGACCAAGAUUCUGCAGCCAAACUCUGAUCUCUGCAUCCCCUACUACAAUGUGGUAUUCAGAAGAGCAAUGAGGAUUUUGGAAUUAAAAUUGGUUGGACGAAAUUUCUAUGACCCAACAAAUGCUAUUGUUCUCCCUCAAUACAGGCUGCAGAUAUGGCCAGGAUACUCAGCAAGCAUUCGAAGGACAGAUGGUGGAUUGAUGUUACUCAUUGAUGUGUCUCAUAAAGUAAUCCGUAAUGAUUCUGUAAUUGAUGUUAUGCAGGCUAUAUACCAGAGGAGCAGCGAGAAUUUCCAGGAUGACUGUACAAAACAGUUGGUGGGCAGCAUCAUAAUGACCAAGUACAACAAUCGCACCUACCGCAUCGACGACAUAGACUGGGACAAGGCUCCAACAAGCUGCUUUCAGAUGGCGGAUGGCAGAGAUAUUACCUUUUGUGACUAUUACAGCAAAACCUAUGGGAUUACCAUUCAGGACUUGAACCAACCUCUCCUCGUAUAUCGACCAAAGCAGAAGUAUGGACCGCAGGGACAGCUUAUCCACAGUGAGAUCCUUCUCGUGCCCGAGCUGUCGUUCAUGACUGGGAUACCUGACCAGAUGAGGAAGGAUUUCCGUGCAAUGAGGACGGAAGGAAGAAUCUUACCUCCUGAAAAGAUCAUCGUACGAUACAAGUCGUUUCCAAGUGGGGCUGAUGUUAACUGGUCAAGAGAGGUUGUGCGAGAGAAAGUGAUAUCAGCGGCACCAUUACACUGCUGGGCUCUCUUUUACACCAAGCAAAGUGCAACACAUGCCAAGGAUCUGAUCAGCUUCAUGUCGAAGGUGGCAGAGCCCAUUGGAAUGACCUUCCAACAGCCUGCAUACAUCGAGCUGAAGGAUGAUCGUACCCAGACCUAUAUCCGAACUCUGCAGUCACACUUGGAGAGCAAUGGUUUGGUUAAGAUUGUGGUGUGUUUAGUGACUGGCAACCGUGACGACUUGUACCAUGCCAUUAAGAAACUCUGCUGUGUGCAAUCUCCGGUCUCCUCACAGGUGAUUAAUGUGAGGACAGUCUCUCAGACUGCUCGGAUGAGAAGCAUCUGCCAAAAGAUCCUACUACAGAUCAACUGCAAACUGGGCGGAGAGCUGUGGGGUGUGGACAUACCGCUGAAGCAGCUGAUGGUGAUAGGAAUGGAUGUGUACCAUGACCCUGUCAGGGGCAAGCAGUCUGUUGUUGGAUUUGUUGCCAGCAUGAAUAAGGCAAUGACCAAGUGGUUCUCAAAGGUGGCAUUUCAGAUGCCCAAUCAGGAAAUCAUCGAUGGCUUAAAGAUUUGUAUGGUGGCAUCUCUGAAGAAAUAUUAUGAGAUAAACCAUUGUCUCCCAGAGAAGAUUGCCGUUUACCGGGACGGAGUAUCUGAUGGCCAGCUGAAUACAGUGACAGACUAUGAACUUCCUCAGCUUUUGAAGUGCUUUGAGGUAUUCAGCGAUUACCACCCAAAAAUGAUGGUGAUCGUGGUGCAGAAGAGGAUCAGCACCAACUUGUAUGCACAGGCGGGGUCAGGCAGGCUAGAGGUGCCACCUCCUGGAACGGUGAUGGACCACACUGUCACCAACAGGGAAUGGACUGACUUCUUCCUGUUGGCCCAUACCGUUCGACAAGGCUGUGGAAUCCCAACGCACUACAUUUGUGUAUUCAACAGUCUGAAGCUCAGCCCUGACCACAUGCAGAGGCUCACCUUCAAGCUGUGCCACCUGUACUGGAACUGGUCCGGCACGAUCCGUGUACCAGCGCCCUGCAAGUACGCCCACAAACUGGCCUUCCUGUGCGGCCAAUCUCUGCACCAGGAACCGGCCGCCCUGCUCUCGGAGCUGCUGUUCUACCUGUGAAGCCGCCGGGAAACCUUUCAUGUGGCACAAA